AUGGCCACUGAUCAUCAGCAAGAAAUCACCCUCAAAGUCUUUGUGAACAAGGCCAAGAACUGCGUAGCUUUUGUCGAAUCGGACUUGGAUUUCGUGGAUGUUCUCCUCAGCUUCCUCACGCUGCCUGUUGGCACCGUCGUCCGUCUUCUCAACAAGCAGUCGUCCCUGGGUUGUUUCGAUAAGCUUUACCAAAGCGUCGAGCAGCUCGAUGAGAAGUACCUGGUGACGGCAGGCUAUUACUCAGGCCUCAAAUGCCAGUGUGGUGGUGACAUCAAUAAGGCAGUUACUCAUGAUAUCAAUCAGGAUCAUGUUGAUUAUCAAGAAUUUCAUGGCGUAUUCAUCAAGGGGGAUAAAUUUGGUGUUACAGAUGCUCUUUCCAUAGCUUCAAUUGAGGACGCCAUGUCGUCUUCUGACGAGUGGGGCGAUGGUGAUUGGAGCAACCUGGAACAGAGAGUGCUGAAGAUUGAACGGGCACAGGUUUUGGAUAUUCUUAAACAAUCCCUUAUUUCCGGCACUCCACUGACUGAUGUUCUAUUGCACGAUGGAGUAGGCAUCACUCCCAAGUGCUCAGUUCCUUCGGUAGAAAAAACUGUUGCUAGUAAGGCGUUUGAUAAGGAGAAGCAGACCUACAGCAUCAAGCUGGCCCUCACGCGGAGCAAGGUGCUGUAUGCUGUAGCGAGCCGAGAUUUAGUUGAUGUAAUUUUCAGCAUUCUCACAUUUCCGUUGGGCACUUUGAAGAAGCACUUGGGAAGUCGAUUCAGGAUCGGGUGCCUGAAUAACCUUUAUGGCAGUGUCGAGCGUUUGGCUUCCUUAGGUUACGUGGUUUCAGGUUGCGAAGAGAGACUGCUUAAUCCCAAGCUCGCACCGUAUUUCAACUCUAAGUGUCAAGUCAUUGGAGUGGAAGAGGAGAAGCAAGAUGUUUACUAUGCAUGCUCUUUCCGCUGCAAACUAAGCGCAACAAGAUACCACUGCACUUCGCAUCCUUUUACGGGAUAUCAAACUGCAGAACAGGCAAACCUUAUUGAUCCCAAAAGACAACAUCCCACACGAUCAGAUUCUCCAUGUGGAAGCUACUGCAAGGAAUUAUUGUACAUGGUCAGCGACGAACUUGUAGUCACCCCACUAUGCCUAACAGAGGCUUUUUUACUUCGUAAGGAAUUCUCUGAAUCUGUCAAGAUGGUGGAGUUGGGCAUUGGUGAAGAGGAGGCUCUUGAUUUGCUUAGUGCUGCUUCGUCGUCCAAGACAGCACUAACAGUUGCCUUCUUUGCAAGAGCUAAUGCUGUGGUGAAUGGUGGCAAAAGAUAA